AUGCGAAAAGAAAGCAUACUACCCAGCAACUUUACAUUUCCGUUUGUUCUCCGCGCAUUUGAGGAGCAGUUUGAGCUUCAAAGAGGAGAAGAAGUUCAUGGUUGCAUUUUGAAAACUGGGUUCGGUUCGAAUCUGUUUGUCUUAACUACACUUUUGAAUAUGUACUCAUUAUGUGGAAGAUCCUCAAGAGCUUCUACCAAGGUAUUUGAAGAAAUGCAUGUGAAGGAUGUCGUUUCUUGGAAUAGCAUGAUUUCUGGACAUUUAAGGCAUGGGGAGCUUGAGUUGGCGAGGAGGUGUUUUGAUAUGGCGCCUGAUAAGACUUUGGUCUCAUGGAAUUCGAUGGUUGCUGGUUUUGCUAACUCGGGGAAUACUAUGAUAGAAGCGGAGAGGUUGUUUAUGGAAAUGCCGGCAACUUCUUGGAAUUCUUUAAUUAAAGUAGGGGAUGUGUUAUCUGCUGAAAGAUUAUUUGAGAGGAUGCCUGAGAGAGUUGUGGUUUCUUGGACGCUCGUGAUAAGAGCUAUGUACGGCCCUAGGUCCCUAGCUAUAAGAGCUCCCAACCAAAGAUACGACAACCUAUUUCUUAUACAUAAUCCUGGCCGUGCUUUCCGUAAAAGGGUAUCAGUAAAACUCCAAUUCCCCGAAGAGUUUUCACCUUCUCGGAAAACCAUUUAG